AUGAGAAGCAAAUCCAUCUUAGCUGGUGCCGUUAAUGUUCCAAUUGAACCAACAUCAAAUGUUGACUCACGAACGACAAACAAUAUUGUCAUAAAGAACUAUAGUUCAGAGUGUUUGAAAGAAAAAGAACCAGAACUUAAGUCGGGACCUUCGGUCUUGGAGCAUGGCGCCGUGAAUUUAAACACAGCUUCAAACGCUAACGCUACAUCA